AUGGAUGUCCAAAUCAACAUCAGUCAAAAUGGGAUCUGGGAAAAACCUCUUCUCUGUUAUGAGUUCAGUAACAGGUCUUGUCAGAGAUUUAUCUAUCCGUUGGAAACUCGAAUAUUGCUCUACAUCCUUUUUAGCAUCUCUUCAAUUGUCACAAUCAUUGGAAACCUGCUUGUGAUCAUAACGGUCAUUCAUUUCAAGCAGCUUCACACACCGACUAACUACCUCAUCCUGUCUCUGGCCGUGGCCGAUCUGCUUGUAGGAGGAGUUGUGAUGCCUCCCAGCAUGCUGCGCUCCAUCGAGACGUGCUGGUAUUUGGGAGAUUUGUUCUGUAAAAUACACAGCAGUCUUGAUGUGACAUUGUGCACUGCGUCAAUUUUAAAUCUCUGUAUCAUUUCUUUGGAAAGAUAUUAUGCCAUAUGUCACCCGUUUCAGUAUCACAGUAAAAUGACAUCAUCUGCCACACUAGUUAUGAUUGUUACCUGCUGGACUGUUUCGGCUGCUCUCGGCUUUGGCAUGAUGUUCUUGGAGCUUAAUAUUCUUGGCAUUGAGGAUUUUUACUAUAAAUACAUUGACUGUGUUGGAAAAUGCGUGGUGUUUCAGAGCAGAGAGGCAGCUACUGUAAUGUCCUUGGCCUGUUUUUAUAUUCCAGCUUUUGUCAUGCUCUGCAUGUACCUUAAGAUCUUACACGCAGCUCAAAGGCAGGUUCAGGCCAUUCAGAGUGUGAAUUCUGAAUUUAAAAAGGAGGGAAAAGCCACUAAAACUUUAGCCAUCAUCAUGGGGGUGUUUCUGGCUUUUUGGAUUCCCUUUUUCAUUUGUAAUCUUAUUGAUCCCUUCAUCGGAUACUCUGUACCACCUCUGCUGUUUGACUUGUUCCUCUGGGUUGGAUAUUAUAAUUCCACAUGUAAUCCCAUAGUGUACGCCUUCUUUUACAGCUGGUUCAGACAUGCAUUCAGAGUCAUUUUGUCUGGAAGAAUAUUUCAGAGUAAUUCUUCAAGAACAAUAUUAGUGUAA